AUGCACCACGGCCACCACCACCACCAUCACGCCGUCACCAUCUCCACCGAGAGCAAGGUGCACCUCAAGUCGCACCACGGCAAGUUCCUCUGCGCCGAGCCCUCCGGCAAGGUCGUCGCCGACCGGUCGGACUGCAAGGAGUGGGAGACGUGGACCAUGCGCACCACCAACGGCAGGGCCACCUUCCAAUCGGCCCACGGCAAGUACCUCUGCGCCGAGCCGUCGGGCAAGCUGGUAGCCGACCGCUCCAGCCCCUCCGAUUGGGAGCACUUCCACGUCGUCCACCAGGGCGCCCACGUGGCGCUGAGGACGCACCACGGCAAGUACGUAUGCGCCGAGCAGAAGGACUACAAGGCUGUCGCCGACCGCUCAAAGGUUGAUAUUUGGGAGAAGUGGCAGAUCAUCACCGUAGCCACUGUGACCCACCACCCGGUGCACUACGCGCCGCCUCCUGCGUUUGGUGGCUACCCUCCGGCGCCCUCCAGCGGCUAUCCUCCGCAGUCGGGCGGUUAUCCUCCCCAGCAGGGGUACCCGCAGCAGGGCUACCCUCCCCCGUCAGGUGGCUAUCCCCCACAGCAGGGCUACCCCACUGGCCUGAACCCGCCUGGCCAGUAUCCCCCUGGCCACUACUAA